AUGGCAGUCCGUCCUCCUCCGUCAAAAGAUAAUACUCAAGAAGCCGGUAGCAACCAGAGUGGUAACCUGAGUGGUAACCCGAGUGGUAACCAGGUGGACGCGGCGGAGGACCCGGUAUUGGCGCCGCAGCGAGCGGUGAAGCCCGAGGGGAUCAAGUGGCCGCUGCUCGCCGUCACGCCCACCCACGCGCGCGCCAUGCAGGUGGUCUACGUCAUCCGUCUGGCCGCCUAUCUGCGAUCGCUGGGACCCCUGGUGCUCUGGAUAGUCAUUGAGGCUCCUCUUAAGACAGAGGAGACGGCGGAGCUGCUGAAGCAGCAUGCGGGGGCGUGUCUGCCAGCUGGCGACGCCAGCUGUCGGCGAAUCAACUACGUCCACCUGGAGACCCGCCGGGUGGAGACGUCCAAGUGGAACAAGGCAGUGCUGCAGCGCAACGCUGCGCUCGACUUCAUUCAGGAGAGGCGCAUUCAGGGCGUCGUUUACUUUAUGGAUGAUGACAACGCAUACCUCCCUCAGCUAUUCCUCGAGUUCCAGAGCAUCCAGAACGUGGGUGUUUUCCCCGUCGGCUUCCUCUACCCGGACGAAUACUCGAGGCGGAACCGGCAUAUACACCACACGCCGACGGUAGAGAGGCCGCUUGUAAAGAGGACGGAGAGCGGGGGCCUGCAGGUGUACGGGUGGGAGACGUUUGAAUGGUUUAUCUCACAGGCCAAGCGGAAGUUCAACGUUGACAUGGGGGGAUUCGCGUUUCGCUCUGAGCUGCUCUGGCAGAACCGUACGGACCUGCCGGGCUACCCGCACCACCCGCUCCGCUUCGAAGCCAGCUGGCAAGGGUCAGUCGCCCCCAUGAGUAGUACAUGCUUGUUGCCCCCUCCCUGCCCCCUGCCCUGCCCUUUCCCUGCCCCCUCCCUGCCCCCUGCAUUGCCCCCUGCCUUGCCUCCUCCCUGCCCCCUGCCCUGCCACCUUCGUCCCCCCUCCGCAUCCCCUUCCUGCUGGCAUGAAUAG